GCGGGAUUGGAAAGGCCGAGCCAAGUCCGAAGGAAGCGGUCAACCGACGACAUCCAACUGCCACUCACAUGAGUUAGACUCAAAUCUCACCUAGCCACGUCAAAUGCCAUAGGAGGAAAUUACGCAUAAUGAGCUCCACUGAGCAGGACCACCAUCAGGACGGCGGCGAGAAGAAGACCGCCCCGACUGAGCCUGGGGCCGUCUCCUCCGCGCCGGAAGCUGCAGCUCCCGCGAGUGAGACCAACGAAACCGACAAAGCGGCCCAAGAGGAGGCUCCUGCAACCAAAGAAGAGGCUCCUGCCACCCAAGAGGAGGCCCCUGCAACGACGACGGAAUCCGACAAGGCGGCCCAAGAGGAGGCUCCCGCAACGACGACGGAGGCCGACAAGGCGGCCCAAGUGGAGGCUCCCGCAACGACGACGGAGACGGACGCGCCCGCAUCUAGUGAACCGAAGCCGGCCGCCGCCGCCACCGCCACCACCACCGGCACCACCGACACCGCCGUGCCAGCGCCGAUCGCCCAGCUGUGGGCUCUUGCAAAGGCCUCCGGCCACCCGGAAAUCUGGGGCGUGACGCUUGCCGAUCCCGCGGACCACGUCCCGACGCGCAUCAUCCUGCAGAAGUAUCUCAACGCCAACGAUGGCGACCUGCCCAAGGCCAAAGACCAGCUGAGCAAGACGCUGGAGUGGCGGGCGAAGAUGAAGCCGCUCGACCUGGUGCGCAAGGUGUUCAGCAAGGCCAAGUUCGACGGCCUGGGCUACGUGACGAAAUACGCCCAAGAAGGCUCCGCCGAGCCCGAGGGCGUCGAGGUGUUUACGUGGAACAUCUACGGGGCCGUCAAAUCCAUUGACGACACCUUUCGGAAGCUUGAAGAGUUCCUCGAGUGGAGAGUCGCGCUGAUGGAGCUCGCGCUCCAGGAGCUCGACCUCGGCUCGGCGACGAAGCCCAUCACGGCCGACUACGACCCCUACAAGAUCUUCCAGGUGCACGACUACAAGUCCCUCAGCUUCCUGCGCCAGUCGCCGCUGGUCCGGUCGGCCAGCACCGAGACCAUCCGCGUGUUUGCGCAGAACUACCCGGAGCUGCUCAAGGAGAAGUUCUUCGUCAACGUCCCCGCCGUCAUGGGCUUCAUCUACGCCUUCAUGAAGCUCUUCGUCGCCCCCAAGACCAUCAAGAAGUUCCACCCCAUGGCCAACGGCGCCAACCUGGCCAAGGAGUUUGCCGCGAGCAAGGUCUCGGGCCUCGGCGAGAGGCUGCCCGCCAACUACGGCGGCAAGGGCGGCGAGCUGAGUGCGCAGGGCAAGGGCCCGCUGCUUGAGUAAAGGCGCGACAGGCGAGAACUCGCGCGGCGUGUGUUGAUGCAGAUGUGUCGGCGCUGCUCGUCCCUAAUAACAUGAGCUGUUGCAGUAUAAUAGAGUAGCUAGCGGUCGUUUAGUGCUUUUUUUCACACGGCAAGAAAUCCAGUUCUACGUCACCGCCUGUCCCAUUGAGCCACCAUACAUUAGGCUCAGUGAGAAGGUUGCGUUUGUGUGUACGAUAUAUCAAUCAAAAAUAUGGAGUGAGAGGCGACGUCUUGGCUCCUUCAGCUAGAGACAGCGCAGGAGUGAGAUUGGGGCAACAUAUGGAAGAGGCUGUUCCACUUCUGCC